CUGUCCGACGGUCACCGGCAGUGUGGUGUCUAUUCUUCGCAUAGGCUACAUAAAAUAUCUCCUAUUAUAUGGAAAUGUUGAACAGAGAUAUUUAAAUUAUUGUCAGGGCAGGGACUGAGGGUAGACUGGAUUUGUGCACCGCUGCCUCUGUGGAGGAAACCCCUGCUCUCCGCAGUGUUGAUAGGCUGGUUUCUCGUUGAUGUUCUGUCAAUCCCAGAGAGCUCCGUCAGUGUUGCUAAACUAGCAGGCAGCGCUGCAGAUCCAUCCAGGAAGUCAACAAAGUUGCUACACUACUUUGCAUUAGCUACACUUUGAUUUUCAUUCGUUAACGUUAAAACAACGGCAUGAGUUCUGCUGCCCCCCCGACUAUUGGGGAGCUAUUCCUCAUCCUUGGUGAGAUGGGGUUCUCUGAGGAGCAGAUUCAGGCAGCUGUUCAGGCGGGGCAUUUUUCUGUGUCUGACGCAGCUGACUGGCUCUUGCAGGGUCAGUAUCCACGGCACAAAUUGGUUAAGCAUUCAGCACAGCCUGCUGAGACAGCAUUUUCUGCUUUCAACCCACCAAAAGAGGCAGCAAGUACUUCUGAGACACCUACAUCUCCUUCUGACAGCAGAGCGUCCCCUUCAUUGGUGCUGAAACAAUCCCAGUCAGGCGCCCUGUCCCCUGAACCACUUCCAGUCGAGUCCCGCAUCAAACAGGACAAGAGUGACUUUGAGGAGCAGCAGAGACACCGUGUUGCUCAGGAGGCCAGAACUGAGAGAAGACAAAAGAAACAGGAGCGCGAGUUGGUGUUGAAGCGGAUAGCUGAGGAUCGGAGAAGCUUGCAGGAGAAGAAGCAGACCAGCCCCGCCACAGAGACGUCUCCUCCCAGUGUUCCAGCGCAAAAACUCGGAGGAACAGUUCAAACUAAUGUGGAUAACAACUGCCUCCUCAUGAUUCGACUCCCUUCCGGCGAGUCCAUGCGUGAGCGCUUCCCAGCUGACGCUCCUCUCCGCAGCGUCGUGGAGCACAUCGCCGGACGCCACCCUUCCCUAUCCUCCUUUUCUCUCCUCCAAGGUUUUCCACGGAAGCGAUUCGGGGAGGCGGAGCUGGCUUGUUCACUGCACUCACUCGGCCUCACACCCAACGCUGCACUGUGCAUUCAGACCACUCCUCCAGAGACACCUCAGGAUCCACCGAGUCCCGCAGAACCUCUAUCAUCCCUGCCGUCUCCUUGUGAUGCGUCUCCUCAGCCACAUAUCCCUGUCCUGGAGGGAGCGGGAGGGCGGGACCUUGGCCUACCUCCUCCAAUCCCCAACCAGGUGUGGGAAGAGGCCAUGAAUUACGCAGGGAUACCAGGAGGGGGUCCACUGUCUGGGCCAUCUCACUCCUGGGGCCGGGGCCAUAAGUUGGCUGCUGAUGUGGAGGAAAAUGCUGGCAUUGAGGUGGAUGAAGAACAAGGAGAAGAGGAAGAAGCACUUGAUAUGCUUAAUGGGAUGCCACGGCUGCCUUUCUUUCCAGAUAAUAGGAUUCGUGGAGAAUUUGAGCCCAGGCACCUCUGGCCAGAGCAAGGCAAUCGACUCAGGGAGGCCCCUCAUGAGGAUCCACCAGAGGCAGAGGAUGCGGGGGGUCGGGAGGCUCCUGGAGCCGCAGGUCUGGCUGCAGUGGAGCGUCUUCAAAGAGCUGCGCAGCAAGAAGACCCCCGUGCCUCCCAGGGACAGCCGUCACCCCCUAAAAAACCCUACAGGGCCCCCAGCGUGCCGUCUCUAUGUGCCUUGGCAACACGUGCAACUGUCCACCUCAUGACUGCUCCCAGCAUGCAGUACAGCAGCAGUCUGGCAUGCCUCACCCCGGAGCUAGCAGAGCUCCUGCUGAACCACAUGUCCCGUGAGAGGCUCCUACGUCCUCGCACCCUGGAGCUCUUCUUCGGCUGCCCACUGCAAAAGUUUGUCCUAAACUGCUACCCUUACUCCACCAAUGAGCUGCUGCGGCAGUUAAGGGCCUUCACAGCACUGAAGCAUCUGAGUCUGGUCAACUCGCCUCUCAUCACUGACUCUGGCCUGUCGAUCCUGUCCAGCCUGGUUAAACUCCAGAACCUGAACCUGUCCUCCUGUUGCAAACUGACCGACUCCUGUCUGCAGCAUAUCACAGGUUUAAAGAGCCUGUACUUCCUGUCCCUGGACCAGACCAAAGUGACAGACGCCGGGAUGGUACUUUAUCUCAAGUCCGCUCCGUCCUGUCUCUCUCAGCUCAGCCUGAACCUGACGGCUGUGACUGAAGCCACUCUGGGAGCCCUGCCCUCCUGUGUGCCACACCUGCGGCUGCUCAGCAUCAAGCACACCAAGGUCAAGGAUGUGUCAGCUUUGGCAGAGAUGUCCAGCCUGCAGACUCUCAACCUGGAUGGGACAGAUGUGACAGAGAGCUCCCUGGAGCACCUCUCCACCCACCCUGCUCUGUCUGCCCUCAGUUUGGCAGGAAUCCCUGUAGCAGAUGGUAAUCACACCCUGCAGAUCAUCUCAGGUCUAAAGUUGACCCAGCUGACUCUCCCUGGAAGGCACUGCGUGACAGACAGCGGGUUAUCAUUCCUCUCUAGAUUGUCUGUGCUCAUAGAACUGGACCUGACUGACUACACACAGGUCACAGACCAGGGAGUCAGCCAGCUCUCCACCAUGAUCAGGUUGAAGAAGCUGUCACUGAGCAACACCCAGGUGACAGAUGCAGGGCUCCCCUCUCUGCGAGGCCUGCUGGAGCUUCAGGAGCUCUGUCUGGACCGGACAGCGGUCACCAGUCGAGGAGUGGCCCAACUCAUCACCUUUCUGCCGCACCUCCAGGUGUUGGGGUUAGCCAGUACGCAGGUGGGAGACACGGUAGUGAGGAGAGGUCUGAUUCGGUGCAAUCAGCUCGUGAAACUUAAUCUGAGCCGCACGCGGAUCACAGACCACGGACUGAAGUUCUUGAAACACAUGCAUCUGGCUCAGGUGAACCUGGAUGGCACCGGAGUGAGUCCGAUGGGCAUUGCGAGCCUCCUCUCUUUCACUAACAUCAGCAGCAUCCGGGCCAGCAACACUCGCAUCAUUCCCCAUGAUGAGGUGUCCGAUGAGGAGUGGGAAGCCCAGUGAGCGCCCAUAUCCUCAUAUGGCCCACAUACUGUAUCCCGGGGAGGCCUCAGACUGCUGCGACCCCCUUUUAGCCCCCGAAAAAAGCUGCCAUCGGGACCCUCCGAAAAACAGCAUAAGUGAAAACACUCCUCCUACGUAUUUGCACUGGUUCAACUGCAGCUAGUGCCACUAAUCUGUAAAUCACGCACGCUACCAAGUUGAAACCUGAAACUGGAGCCUGGUUUUUUUAAAUACUAAAACGCCAUUACUAGCGUUUACAUAUGUAACGUAACAUCGAUCUGCAUCACUUUGCCUACACUGCAGCCCUUUGUCUCUGGAAAAACUCCAUGUGACAAGUGAUAAAGCUUUAUAUGCAGGCCUAUAGAGCUAUCUGUGACAUUCCUGGAUGGCACCUUUUAGGACGACAGGAAAUAACAUAUUAAAUGUAACGCAGCAUGUAUUUUCAGACCAUGACUAACAGCCUCAUAUAUUCAUAUUUGAGUGAAAGCUAAAUAACAAUAAGUCAAUCAUUUUUGGAAAGAUGUGAAGGCAGAUUAGUCAAACUAACAUUGGAUCUUGAGCUGUAUUAAUUUCAUGUUGGAUUUAUAAGAAUACAUUUCCAACUGAGGUUUACCUCCUUAUUUAUUAGAAUUAGAUCCAAUUGUUAGUAGUUUGCCGGUGUGAAUAUUUGACAGAAUUAAACAAAGUACAUAAACUGUACAGCAAACUGAUGUCAUAAGAGAUAAUAAAGGAUAGUUACCUCAACUGAAGGAUAUCAGCUCCUCUAUCAGAAGUCUUUGAUUGGCUUUAUGUGAAACAAAUGCCACUUUUAGCGUCUGUGUGGAAAAAUAUUGUUGCCUCCAUGAUAAACAUUUGGUCAGUUUCUCAUUUUAAUGAAAUGAUCAUGAGAUCUUAUUGCUUUGGUGUACACCAAACUAUAGUUUAAGACCUGCCAAUGUCUAGAUCCAUUACGAUAAACAAUUAUCUAGGAAGCCAAUGGUUUAUAUAUUUAUUUUUCCUUGUAUUUUUUAACAAGAAAUGUUUAACUCUAAGUUUUCCUGUUAAAAUAUUCAAGCUGAUUUGUGUGAUAGUGGUAUUUCUAUCUUUAAAAAAAAGAAAUCUUGUUAAAAUGAGAAACUGACCAUAUUGUUGUCAUGGUGGCAGCAAAAUGAAGCCAUUCCUAUUUGACAUGAACACAACUUACUGUAAAGCAUAAUGAGUUUCAUGACUUGUGUAGAUGUUAGUUUACAGCAAACAGACGUCCCCUAAAACUCUUUAAAUGCCUCCAAAUGAUGUAUUUCAUUCAGUUAAUGUUUAAAAAGUACAUAUUAAUCCUUUAUCAGUGUUCGUUUCGUUAUGCCAAGGAAUGCCACUAUUCUUUGGACAGCCCAGACAUUUCCAGUGACAUGAAGGACGGGGUCAGCAGUGUACAGUGUAGUCUAUGCAGCCAGAAUCCAAAGCAACUUAUUUUAAAUCACUUUAAGUUUUGUCCUAUGUUUACAGAGAUGUAAAAUAGUUUAUUUUCCCUAAAGGCUUUUGGAUACGAGCACUGUAUUGUGUAAUGUGUAAUCAAAAUAUUAAAGUCUUCUGAAGCCGAA